ACCCCAUUGAUAAAUACCCCUCCCCACCCCAAAUCCGAACUCAGUCGCCCACAAAAACCCAGUAACUCGCAUCUUCCUCCGUGAUCCAAGUUCUAGCAGCGCAGCGCUCGGUUUCGGCAAUGUCGGGGCGCGGCAAGGGCGGCAAGGGUCUGGGCAAGGGCGGCGCCAAGCGCCACCGCAAGGUCCUGCGCGACAACAUCCAGGGCAUCACCAAGCCGGCGAUCCGGAGGCUGGCUAGGAGGGGCGGCGUCAAGCGCAUCUCCGGGCUCAUCUACGAGGAGACCCGCGGUGUGCUCAAGAUCUUUCUGGAGAACGUCAUCCGUGACGCCGUCACCUACACCGAGCACGCCCGCCGCAAGACCGUCACCGCCAUGGAUGUCGUCUACGCGCUCAAGCGACAGGGCCGCACCCUCUACGGCUUCGGCGGCUAGGUCGCUUCCUCAUCUGGUGGCGAACUGCAUCUGUGUCGGCGGUGGUCGUGUUGUGUGCCUAAUCUAGUGUAGUCCGUUCUCUAUAUCGUCGCUGUGUUCUGUGGUGUCUUGUAUCCCAUUUCCUGCAAUACCAACUUGCCAUUAUCAAUGGAAAACCCUCGUUUUCAUCCUC